AUGAGUAACGACAACAUUCAACAACGUAGACGACUCACACUCGCUCCUGCUCCUAAUCUAGAGGAAUUGCAGCCAAAGGAAUCAGUGCCAACCGGCCCAGAGAAUAAAGUCAAGCAUUACCUAUUGGAAAACAAUGAUUAUCGAAUGACCGAUGAUGCUUUUGUAAAGAGUGUAGCCAGUUUUCUUAGUGUAUCAUCCAACUCAGUCGAAGAGAUCAUUCACUCUCUUGGAAAGGAUUUCGACAAAGCAUUGUGGUGUAAUGGUACUGGUAAAAUCCUGUUCAACAGCAUCGAGACCAUCAGCAAAUGUGAUGAUGUAGCCCACUGGCUCGAUCAAAUCGAUAUUUCAAUACCUGGUCCUUACCAAGUUGGACGGUCUCGUCAUUUACAAAUGCUUUCACCAUCAUUGCUGGUCGUGUUUACGAAAAUAAUGACAAUCGAAGUUUUGUACUUGGCGUACAAAAAUGCAUUUUACAAUGUCAAGACCAUCUAUAAGGAAUUACAAGAAAGAACCAUGGAUUUUGUUCAAAUGAGAUCCGUCGCUAUCUCGCUUAGUUCUACCGUCGCUCCUAACGGUCAUCGUCAAAUAAAUGUACCAGAGUUCAACUAUGGUGAUCCAUUAGGUUGGUUAUCUGGACUGUACUACAGAUCUGACAACAACAACAACAACAACAACAGCAACAACAACAAAAGAAAACACAAUCAUUUAGUCAAUCAAGAUCUAUCAAAAAUCAAAUGUUUCAACUGUCAGCGAUUUGGUCACAAAGCUGAUGUCUGUCGUGACAACAGAAACAAUCAACACGUCGACAAGAAAUCAAGAGAUACCAAGCAAUGCAAUAUUUGUCGUAGUAGUGAACAUUGGACAAACCAGUGCCCUCGAAAUAAAUCGUCAUCCAUGACCUGUGUCUCUGACACUUUACCUUACCUCUACAUUUCUAUCAACUUUGAUUCUAAUCUUAUUAAAGCAAAAGUUGAUACUGGCAGUGAGAUUAACUUUAUAGAUUUUAGAUUAGUUCCAAAGGAGAUGGUCAUGACUAGUGACUUGUUUGUUACUGGGGUAAAUGGUCAUACAGUUCCAUCGUUGGGACAAGCAAGCGUUCCAGUCAUUUUCACAAGUAACCGUGGUCAAAUAACUCGUAAGAUCAACUUUGAACUUACAGACAGAGCUGGUCUUUGCCUACUUGGAAUUGACACAAUCAUGUCAUGCAAAGCUAGUUUUGGCGAAGGUAAUUCUAAGCUAGAAAUGAAUGACGCAACUGGAAACACACAUAUCAUCAAUCUAUCUCGGGACGUCAAGAGUCCAAGUUUAACAGUCGAUGAAAGUAAAUCGUACAAAAACAACAUCAAGAAAGUGUAUCAGACACUAUUGUCAAAGAAUGACCCUAUCAAUGGUAUCCAAAAGAUUGUGAAAGAAUUGGAUAAUGUUACCACAAACAUAGCAGAUGGAUUAGGAAAUAUUAGUAACGAUAUGGAUUGGCAGGAAACAGUCAAGUCAGAAUUAAAUCGUAACCAAAGAAGAAUGCUCAACAGAUGUAUGGCUCCAAGAAUAAAGAAUUCAAUCUCUAUUGUGGAUAACGAAGCAGAGGUGGUCAAUGAAGAUAUGAAAGAUUGGAAACAAAGGAAUGUAACAUUACAACCACCUAAUUAUUGCUUUCAACGUGUUCAUAUAGACGUUAUUACUGGUUUACCUAAUGCUAAAUAUCAUGGUAAAACAGUAAAUGCUUUGUUAGUAGUUGUCGAUGCGCUAUCUAAAAUGAAUCGUUUAAUACCUACCACAACUACUCUUAAAUCACAUGGUGUAAUAUCUCUAUUCAAUCGAGAGAUAUUCAAACUGCAUGGUUUACCAAAACAGAUCAUCUCUGAUUCUGACUCGAAGUUCACCUCGAAAUUAUUUAAAAAAUUAGAGGCAAUGUACAACAUCAAAAUUAACCAUAGCAACCCAACCCACCAUCAGAGUAAUGGACAAGUAGAGCAUUUAUUACAAAGUAGUGUAGAGAAUCACAAAGUAUCAUGGGCAGAGUGCAUUGAUAAUAUCGAAUUUGCUAUCAACAAUACAGUACAUUCAACAACUGGUUAUUCUCCUUUUACUAUUUAUCUCGGAUCAAAUCCUUUAUCUCCUCUUAAUCUACUAGACACUUUUACACCAAACUUCAAUGAUAACACAGAUAUCAAAAUAACAGAGAAUCAUAAAUUGAAAGAGAUAAUAAGAGACAUAGUUAUAAAGAGAAUUAACGAAGGCAAUGCAAUCAGCAAAGCAAGAUAUGAUCACAACAAGGUAGAGAAUAAUAUUAAAUCUGGUGAUUUGGUUUAUGUGCGUCGUGACAGAGAUACACACAUAAAUAAGACAGAACCUAUCUAUUCUGGUCCUUUGUUAGUAAAUGGAGUGGACACUCGUGGAAAUGUCGAAGUUAAAGAUUAUGUGGCGGGAGCAGAUGGUUCGACGUCAAAGGACUUAUUGGUUAAUCCUAGAUUUAUCAAAACGUUGAAACCAUUAUUGGCUACAGGAAAUCCCGUUCAUACGGAAGGUGCUGAGAAUGCACAAGGAAAUCCCGUUCAUACGGAAGGUGCUGAGAAUGCACAAGGUUAUCCCGUUCAUACGGAAGGUGCUGAGGAUGCACAAAGUUAUCCCGUUCAUACGGAAGGUACGGAGAACGUACAAGGUUAUCCCGUUCAUACGGAAGGUACGGAGAACGUACAAGAUUAUCCCGUUCAUACGGAAGGAGCUCAAGGUGCACGUGACAAUUUGGAUGGACGAGUCGGUGACGAUCGAACUCUGUAUCAAGAUUUAAAUAAGAUUCAAUCGACAUUGCAAGGACAAGGUGUAACCGGUGGAGACCAAGGAAUAGUGAGCCAGGCGCCAGGCGACAUCUAUGACGACGUCCCAAAUACGGCUGACUGGACCAAGCAAAGAGUUGUGUUGAAUGAUACUCUUAAAAAGGUAGAAGAGAGUAUAGGUAAAGGUAAGAAUAAACUACAGGUUAAAGAUAAUAAUAGAGUUAUAGGAAAAGAAGAUAUCGUCAUCACCAAUUACAAUAUUUCAAAGAUAAAUUAUGACGAUAUCAAAAUCAACUUUAUAGAAAUAUUACAUCAAUACAGACAACAACUAUCCUCCCCAACUACAACUAAAUAUUUCAAUAUGAAAGAAAUGAACUCAAUUAGAAUCAUACAAUCAUUACAACAAAACAACAAUGAUUCCCCAACAAAAGAUAUAGUCAAUAGUAUUGGAGUAAUCACAAGCAGAGCAUGGUUGAAACCUCUGUUUAUCGUCAAGUCAAAGAGAACAUUCAAGUAUCAAGGAAAUGGACGUAGUAGAACGGAAUAUCUCAUUAAUAUCAACGAUUGUGAGGUAUGGAUGCCAAACGAUCUAGUUAAUCAACAACACGUCCGGGCCGUAUCAAAGACUCAACAAGUAUCCCUAGCCAUUGUAUCCACCGCGUGGUACGUGGGACUCGGUCACAAUUUAAGAAGGGAGAAUGUUAGAUUCAGAUUCAAUCCAUCAAUUUUCAACGACAACCAAAUAGACUGGCUACCCCCUCAUUUGGAGAAUCUCUAUGUCGAUUUUAUUGAUUAUGAUGGGGAACAAGGUCCUCCAAUCAUUAGGAAUCUACCAUAUAAAGUAAAAUAUCUCGUUGUUGAAGGUGAAUUGGAAGAAAUCUAUCUUCCUCAAAGUCUGACCACCCUUGCAAUUGAUUCUAUUCAAAAUCUCAGACUUUUACAUGGACUGUCAAACAACAAGAACCUUACAACACUCUUGAUGUAUAGCGCAACCAUAACACCAACAGACUCUACUUUCCGAUUCCCAGACACAUUGACCAACCUCUUCAUUGAAGACAUCAAACCUCCCACCAAUUUCCUCUUCCGGUCGUCAUUGAUUAAACUUUCUUUUUUUUCCCAACCCCUAAUAUCUCUAGACAAUCUACAAAAUCAAUACCCCACCAUUCCAGUCAUCAAGAACCUUCACAAACUAAAACAUCUCAAUUUAUCACCAUGGGAUGUCCAGUACCGUACAUUUGAUUUCCCACCAUCAUUGGAAACUUUAGAAUUAUCUCAUACCAACAAUAUAUAUGAUAUAGGGAAUUGCGUACUUUUACCUAGUUUAAAGGAAAUUUCAAUCCAUUCCAAUAGAAGAAAAAGACUUCCAGAACCUCUAUUUUCCUCUUGUACACAACUGGAAACAUUAAAAAUAGAUAUUGGCAAUGCAGAUCGAUUCCACUAUUUAGAAUCGAUUCAACAUUUAACAAUCUUUAAUGAGUGUAAUUGGUUUGAAAGUAAAACACCAAUUCGACUACCAAAGAAUUUGGUAUCAUUAAAAUCAUAUUGUAAUUUAAAUCUUCAACUUUCAUUGCCACCAACACUCACUAAAUUAUGUGUACCUAGAUUCACAGGAAUUACUUCUUUUCCAUCUUCUAUUAGAUUUUUGAGAAUGUCGACCAAACUUCUCCCAAAUGGCACACAAUGUUUUGAUAUUGACAACAAUAAGGUUCUCCCUUCAAAUGUAGAUAAGCUAGAUUUGGAUUUGGUAUCAGCUUAUCCCCUCAGAAUUGAUGAUAUCCUAUUUCAAACUAAUGUCAGUAGACUCAACAUUUACAAAUUGAAUCAAGGAGAAGCUGAGAUGCCAUUCUAUUUCCAAAUAAGAAGAUUAUCAAAAGAUUCUUGUAUCAUCUUGGAAAAGAAAAGAUUCGUUGGUGGGAUCAUCCAAUUUAAAUAA